AUGCCUUCGGAAGCGUUCUCGGUCGAGUACACGGGGCGGGUGGCCAUCGUGACCAUCACCAACGAGAAGAAGCUGAACGCGCUCUCGGGCCUGCAGUACUUUGAGCUGUCGCAGAUCCUGCGCGAGAUCGCGACCCACGACGAGGUCUACAUCACGUUCCUGACGGGCAAGGGCCGCUACUUUUCCGCAGGCGCCGACGUCUCGUUCGGCAAGAGCGUGCCCGAGGGCUCGGACCCGUACUUUGAGUGGAUGCGGUCGUUCGUGGCCAACAACCUGAACGCGACGCAGGCCUUCUACACGCACCCCAAGAUCCUGGUGGUGGGGCUGAACGGGCCGGUGAUCGGGCUGUCGGCGGCGCUGGUGUCGUUUGCCGACUUUGUGUACGCGGCGCCGCACGCCUUCCUGCUGACGCCCUUCUCGUCGCUGGGCCUGGUGGCCGAGGGCGGCGCCAGCCGCGCCCUGGUGCAGCGCCUCGGCAUCAGCAAGGCCAACGAGGCCCUCAUCAUGAGCAAGCGCAUCCCCAGCGACGAGCUGCUGGCGACGGGCUUCGUCAACAAGAUCUUCGACUGCGCCAAGGGCGAGGACGCAAAGUUCCGCGAGCUCGUGUUGCGCGAGAUCGACGACCGCCUGGGCGAGCACCUGAUCGGCGACAGCCUGACGGGCAUCAAGGCCCUGAUCCGCCGGCCCGAGAGGGACGUGCUGGACCUGCAGAACACGAACGAGGUGUUUGCUGGGCUGGGCAGGUUCAUGAGCGGCGUGCCGCAGGAGGAGUUCGCCAAGAUUGCGAGCGGGAAGAAGCGUCACAAGUUGUAA